AAAAUUUGCAGAUUUUUAUUUGUUUAAACAAAUGAUGCAAGUAAGAGGCCGCCGCAGUUGCUUAGCCUGAGGAAUUACAAUAGAUUCUAUUUUUAUAAACAAUAGACAAAAAGGGGAUUUUUUCUCAACUAACAUCAACUAUCAGCCAUGAACACUGCAAAAGUCGUUGUAAUUGGCGCUGGGCCUUCAGGCAUUGCAGCUGCAACAAAACUCCUCGAACUUGGCUUCCAAAAAGUGAUGGUUGUUGAAGCUGAAAAUCGUAUCGGUGGCCGAAUACAUACAAUACCCUUUGGUGAUAAUGUCAUAGACUUGGGAGCACAAUGGUGUCAUGGCGAAAAAGACAACAUUGUGUUCGAACUUGCAAACAAGCACAAUCUAUUAGAAUCCACUGGUGAUGUCUAUGAAAACUAUGAAUGCAUUCGUUCGAACAAAGACAUUGUACCGGUGAAAGUAAGUCAACGAUUAAAAGACAUUGUUAAUGAUAGUUUAGUAACUCGCAAAGUAGAUCUCAUAGGAUAUAAUGGAUCAUUGGGAAGUUAUAUUUCACGAUUUUUCUUUGAGGAACUACAACGAGCUGAAAACUCGGAUAUUGAUAUUGAAAUAGCAAAAGAAUUCUUCGAAAACUAUCAAAAGUUUGAAAAUUCAGUUGAAGCUUCCGAUUCAUUGAGUGAUGUGUCUGGGAAGGGAUACCUCGAGUAUUGGGAUUGCGAAGGUGAUAUACUAUUGAACUGGAAAGACAAAGGUUAUAUGAAAUUAUUACAGUUAUUAAUGAGUUCCGAUGAAGUUGGCACUGAAUAUGGAGUACUAGAUCAGCGGUUGGUACUAGGAACACCGGUCACUCAAAUAAGUUGGAAUGAUGGAGAUAUUCAAAUAAAAUGUGAAGAUAAUAAAGUUAUCGAAGCUGAUCACGUUAUAGUGACAGUUUCAUUGGGAGUCCUGAAAGAAAAACACUCGAAACUUUUCAAUCCAAAGCUACCAAUGCAAAAAGUUCGUGCUAUCGAAGGUAUUGGUUUUGGAACUGUCAACAAAAUUUUCAUAGAGUUUCCCGAGCAAUUCUGGCCAAACGACUGGACUGGUUUUGCUCUACUAUGGAGGGAAGAAGACCUCGAUGAGAUACGAGGAACAAAUCGUGCCUGGUUAGAAGAUGUUUUUGGCUUCUAUGCUGUUAGCUACCAACCUAGAAUUCUAAGUGGAUGGGUGAUUGGAGAAAGUGGAAGGCAUAUGGAGACCUUGCCGGAAGAUGAAGUACUUAGCGGUUGUAUGUACCUUUUUAGGAAAUUCCUCACUUGGGAAAUUCCUACGCCUGUUAAUUUCAAGACUUCAGCUUGGUAUAUUAAUGAAAACUUUCGUGGUUCGUACUCAUUUCGAUCGAUAUUGACAGAAAAGCUAGGGGCUUGGGCAAGUGAUUUGGCGAGUCCAUUAAAAGAUUCCAAUCAGAUACCAGUUGUUCUAUUUGCUGGUGAAGCUUCAAGUGAUCAUUACUAUUCAACAGUCCAUGGAGCAGUUGAAGCUGGAUGGCGUGAAGCACAGAGAUUGGCUGAUUUUUAUAAUAAUGAAAAUACAAAAUCACAAUUAUAACAUCGCGUUUAAGGAUCUUAAACGCUAAUUCGAAGACUAUAUAAAAUGAAUUCGAUAUAAUUCUUUGAGAUAUACCGGGAAAUGCUUUAAAAAGGGGCUAUCGCAUUUGUUUGAAGCACUAGAUUUACCUUUAUAUACCAACUAGCCUCUGCGAAUCCAUGGGCGCAUGGUCUUCAGCUUGAAAUUUUUAGACGCAAGGUCAAACAAGUAUUUUUUACUUAAAAAUAAAAAAAGACAUGUGUUGGAAAAUCUCAAAGAAAUAGGAAUAUGCUGGUGUUUAAGGUUCUGAAUAUUUGUAUUUAGAUAUUUAUUAAAUUUUUUUCCAUCUUAAUUAGAAACCGAAAAAAAAAUGUAUAAUAUUUAUUGCAGUCUAUUGCUCAAUCGAAAAAAAAAAACA